CUGCGGGACUUUGUUACUUUGUUCACUUCCGCCGUUUCUCAAGGGACGCUACUGAGUGAAGAUCAUGAGGAAAACACUGGACAUGAUCAUGAACCCAGCUGAAAGUUGCGAAUACUUCAGUAUUGGCAGUCUUAUUAGAAUUGAAGACUGUCAUAAAGAAAAGUAUGAGGGAGCAGUAAAGUCCUUUGAUUACGCAACCAAAAUUUUGUCCAUUGAAACGCCGUCCCCCAGUGUAGCCCAACUGUCUGACAUAUAUAUCUUCAAUUUGGAUUAUGUCGCAAAUAUAGAGAUAUUAGAGGAAAAGUCUGGCACGCCGGAGCCCUUGCCAUUCAUAAAUGUGAAGAAGAUUUCACAAAGACUUGCUGAACAAGAGAGGGACAGGCUGCGGCAGAAAACCUACAUUGGAGUUGGUGUCACGCCGGAGGGCCAAAGGCUUAUGAACACAAUCUCCAAAACUAUCAGUGACUGCAGAUGGCAUGACAUGGAUAUAGUCGUGUUAGGAGAGGUCACUAUCAAACCUCCCUAUGGACCAAAAAAUCUUGAAUGCGUGGAGGGAAGCAAGGCUCUACAACAUAUUUCAAAGAUAGUGGAGAAACAUUAUGAUUUCGAGGCAAAACAAGGGAGAGCCCCACCUGUCCAGCACUGAGAUCAUUCUAAUAGUCAAGGGGAGCAAAAUGAGAGUCAGUUGUCUUGAUGCUGUUCGCCUGUGUUUUGCUAGUUACGGAUGAUGUUUGAAGCACAGUACAGAAAUCUUUUCUCCCACAUUUUUCCUGUAGUGGUUAAUGUGAUGCGUGAGUGUUCUCUCUUCUAUCAAUUUUGUUAAAUUGUUUUAUCCUGUGUAGUGAAAAAUAAAAUGAAUGAUUUUAGACAUUUCAGUUUUCUCUUUCAGUAUUUCUUUUAGUCAGAUGUUUUAAAAGCUUAAAUACAAUGCCUUUUCUUCUUGUAAGACAAUAAAAAUAAUAAUUGUAUUUGUCUCAUGGUUUCAACAGUUUCGAAUAAAGUUUUAUUAACAGUCGUUUUUUGUUUUUUUAUUCUCAUUUUUUUAUUUUAACCUGAGUCUAAAAUGUAUUCUAGUUAAAAGUAUAAGAACAAAGGUAAAUGUAUUUUUUCCUUAUAACGUGAGUUCUGGGAUAUGGAAGGUUGUGAGAGUUGUGCUUCUCAUGCCGUUGUUAUUAGGUACUUCAGAGUAUGAAAUGCUCAAAAUUUGUGUGGGAAUGUGUGUCAAUGAGAGUUCUUGUGAAAUGAGAAUGACAUCAUUUGUUAUAGGAGAGAAUGACUACCAUACAUUGUGGCAAACAUGUUGUUGUUCUUAUGGUCGUUGUUGCUGCUAUGAAUUGUUUUUGUCAUGUCCAGUAUCUAGACCCCCUGAGUCUGAAUCUCUUUCUUUUUUUUUGCAAGGCUCAUUAAGUGUUGAAAAGGACAUCCUGUUGGAAUUUGCAGGGCAAACUUCAUAGAUUUGUGUUCAUCACUUUUUUCCUCCACCUUUCAGGGUAGAUCUUGAUUUCAGUGUAUAGUAUAAUUAAUCAGUUUUUAAAUGAGCAUGUUUGAUAGUAAAACAAAGUGUUUAAAAAGUAGGCCUACCUACAGUUCAUGUUGACUUGAACAGGAAAAGCAACUGUUCCUUGUAUUUUUACAAAAGUAUUGUCUAUUUGAAAUAUUCAGAGAAACUGAUGAUUAUUGUCACAUUGUGCUAUGGUGUGCCUGGUGCAGAAGAAUAUAUGAGAGAAGUAUGACUGUGAAUGAAAUGAAUAAAGAAAAGGAAAUUUGGA